CCGCACAUGCGCACAUGAAAUUCUAAGGAAUUGUUUUUGUUUUGCGCCAAAGCCAGCCGGCAAAUUGUGAAUUUUGACCGCUCUGGCACUUUUAGUUUUAUAUAAUUUAGGAUAGCGCUUGAUCUCACAAUGGAAAUUUGAGUGUAAGUGACUAAAACAUUGCAGUUGCUUUUGCAGAACAGGCGAAGAAUGGUCCAGAAAAUGUAACUUAACCAUGGAUUGUAUAAAACCGAAGAGGAAUAUUCUGAGCAUCAAGCCAUACAAAGCCAGCACGGCUAAAUCCAAUGGCGAAGCUCCAUCAGAAUCUAGCAUUCCCGGCCGAUUUAGCAAAUCCAAAGACACUCUUGAAUUUAAUCUUGAUUCUGGGAGCACAGGCAACAGUUACAGCACCCCAAAAAGAGGAUUAAGUUCAACCACAGAGGUAAAGACACCUACAGACAAACCGGUUGUUCUGGAGGAGGAAUUCAGUCCAAUAGAACUAUUUCCUUACUCCCAAUCUCAAUCAGCUCCUAUAGUUCAAUGGGACUACAAUGCUGUUCAGAGAUCCAGCAGGACAGGUCUCACUCGACGGUCAAGGCCAAGCAGUGGCUCGAUGCCAACCAUUCCAGAAAUCAAACCACCGAAAAGACGAACUCCUUCGCCAACAACUGAGGACAUGCCACCACUUAAAAAGCAAAGCCAAGAGGGACUCAAUGCUCUUCAGCAGCACGUGAAGGCGCUGCAAGAGUUAGUUUCAAGUGACGAGGAGAGCUCUGAAACGGAAGAGGACAAGCUUGGGCUCUCAAUACACCAGUCUCUUUUCAUCUCUGAUAAAUUUGAACGCAGUACGGCCUCUCCUGAUCCAUUUGACUCAGCGCCAAAUGAGGUUGAAAUUGCUGAAACAAAAGAUGGAGAGGAAAAAGAAAUCUGCACCCUUGUUGCGACUGUUCCAAAGCUAGAAUCUACUCCUGAAAAAGAAGCGAGCCCUGUGCAAGAUAUGUCUUUGGACCUUGAUGAGUCUCUCUUGAUUGCGUGCACUGAAAAAGUGGAAAGAGAGGUGAGACUGAGCCAACAGCAGCAGCAAGAAGUUGCGAAACCUCCAGCAGUGCAGCCAGCUAAGAAGACUAGUCCCAAGAAAAACUCUACUGUGAGUGGCUUGCAGAGAGGCCGGCUGCAAAAUCUAAGCUGCUCCUCCCCGAAGAAAAAGCCUAUGUCACCUCACAAGAAACCAGUCGUCGGACCGGUGAAACGGCAUUCAGAUGGAAAGGAAUUCAAUCCACAGUGGAUGGAGAAAAUCAAGUCGGCCACCUCGCCUUUAAAUAAUUCCAUGAGAGCUUCGCAGAGCAGUGAGAAAAGUUUCCAUAGAAAUCUCUUCUCCAACUCGCAAUUGAAAAUAUCCUUAGUCGCAAAAAAUGUGGCUGGACAGAGCAAUGAGACAAAGAAAACAGUCACAGAGCAGCAGAAGAAGGAAGAGCAAAUCCAAAUCAAAGCUGCAAAGCAACCUGCUAAGAAUGUGAACAAGUCCUUUGACCCUUUCGAAGACGACUCCUUUGAUGCCAACCUGGACGAACUUGAUGCGAUCGAGGCCCAAGCCCUCACUCAAUUGGCCGCUAGCCAAAAAGCCCCGGAGCCAGCUGUGAUCAAACCUGUGCAGACCACCGUCUCAUCUAUUCCCGUUAAGGCGCCGCCGAAGCCAAUGCAACCGUUCCCCCGACACCAGAGUGCCUCUUUUUUGCCCAAAGUGCAGCCACAGCUUUCAAAAGUGGGCAACUCUUUUUCAAAGCCUGCUUUCUCGGUUAAGCCACCAGCGAAUUUGGCCUUCAAGCAGCAAAACAAUUUAAACAAACCGUUAACUGUGAUGAACAAGCAGCCUUAUUCACUCCAACCAAGAAAUCAAUCUGUAAAAGCGCAGCAGAAGCCAGCAGCAACCACAGUUUCAAACCGCGUCCAGGGUGCCAACCCGCCAGCCACAAGCAGUCUGAAAAAGUCUCCUCUCAUCCGGCACAAGUCUGCAGACUUCACGACCAGGGCGCCUGUGGCAACCAUGUCUUCAAAGCCAACUGGUGGAGCUCAAUUUUUGAGACACAGAUCUUUCGAAUUUGGAAAAGUCCAAUCAAAUGCUCAACAAUGCACCAAGCAAGAGAUAGAAAUGAAAAGAUUGGAGGCUAAGAAGAGAUUGGAGAGGCGCAAACAGCAAUCUCUGAAUGUCUAAAAAUCCGUUCUAGGAGUUGUAGAAUAAAGCAAUGAAAAUUCUAAUGGUUCAAAUCUUAA